AUGCCGGGGGGCACCGUGCUGCUGGCCCUGGCAGCACUGCUGGCCGUGGGGCAGGACUAUGACUCCCCCAGCUGGCGGCCGGAGCAGCCCCCGAGCGGGCGUGGCUAUGGCAAGCAGCCACAGUGCGUGGACAUCCCGCCCGACCUGCCGCUCUGCCACGACGUGGGCUACAAGCGCAUAUGGCUGCCCAAGCUGCUGGAGCACGACUCCCUGGCCCAGGUGAAGCAGCAGGCGGGCGCCUGGGUGCCCCUGCUCGCCAAGCGGUGCCACGGCGACACCCAGCUCCUCCUCUGCUCGCUCUUUGCACUCUGCCUGGACCAGCCUAUCUACCCCUGCCGCUCGCUCUGCCAGGUGGUGCGGGCCUGCGCCCCCCUCAUGGAGGCCUUCGUUCCCUGGCCCCACAUGCUGCGCUGCACCCGCUUCCCCCCCGACAACCCGCUCGGCAUCGCCGUGCAGUUUGGAGCAGCCAGGCCACCCCCCUCCAGGAUCUGCCCACGGUGCGAGACGGAGCAGAAGGCAGAGGGCAGGAUGGAGCAGAUGUGUGCUAGUGAGUGGGGUGGGGAGAAGGGGGGUUCCCGGAGCGUCCCCUCCCUCCAGAUCGGCCUGGGCUGGCCUUGUCCGGGGGGGCCUGGGACGCCCGACACCCGGCGCCUGGUGCUGCACAUGCGGAAGGAGGCCCCCUGCCCCUGCCCGCAGCUGGCCGAGCUGCGCCGCCUCUGCCUGGUGCUGGGCCGCAAGGCGGGCGGGCGGGCGCUGCGGGGGGCUCUGUACCGCCGGGAGCGGGGCAACUGGGAGACGCGCUUCGCCCUCAAGUUCAUGUUCUCCUACCCCUGCCCCUGCGCUAUGCCCCGCUCCCCGGGGCCGAGCAGCCCUAGGGGCCCCCGCCUGCCGGGCACCCCCAGGAACCCCCCGGCUAGGCACCUCUGGGACUCCUACCCCCGCCUGCCGGGCACCCCCAUAACCACUCUGCUAGGCACCCCUGGGACUCCUUCCCCUGCCUGCCGGGCACCCCCAUAA